GACUUGACGCCAGCAGCUCGGUCCGGUGCAGCUCCGGUCCGUCACCGUACUUAGUUUACUUUUAAAAUACUCGACACGGAGAGAGAAGUUUUGGCUGAAACGUGGCUCACUAUAUGCCGGAAAAGGGAACAUAAUCCAGGGUAAAGGUAUGCUGGCCGUGUGACUACCGCCCGCAGGACACUUUCGCUUCUCUGUUAACUUUUCUUGGAUGUGUUUUCCUGAAAGCGCUGCUUGUUUACGGCUCUAGUUUUCUGCAGAAUCGGUUCCUGUGUGCACACAACUGCGCGACAAGUGUGUCACUGUGCUCCUGUUGCUGCCGGAGCGCCCCCAGUGAACAGCUGAGUCACCACCGGGUCAUGGCAGAUUGUCCGCCGCCAGUACAGCUCGCUGGUGCCGCGCAGUAGAGCAGAGCGCCUCGGUGGACGGAACCCACCGCCGAGGAAAGAUGAUCGGGUCACCGGACUUGCUUGCCUUCACCGGCGGAGAGGGCUUUAGAGAGGCGGAGGAGCAGGAAACCGUCCCGGAGGAGCUCACCGUCCCGCUGCUACCCGCCGGUCACCCCUGGAGCUCCUCAGCCCGGUUCAACCGAGACUUCAUACUGGUGGCGGAGUUCUCAGAGCAGGUGGGUCCAAAACCAGUGCUGACAAUACCGGACGACCCCAGAAUCAUUGGCUCGUUCGACCUCAACCACUUCUCUGUUCGCAUCAUGUCUGUGGACUACCAAGCAUCUGGCCCUGGCCCAUCCCCUGGACCCCGGCUCAACUUCAGCGAGGACUCCAAAGUAAUCCUGGGAGAUUCAGCAGAGGAUGCAUUUGCGUAUGUCCACCACCUGACGCUGUAUGACCUGGAGGCUCGGGGGAUGGUUCGUCCUUUCUGCAUGGCCUAUGUAUGUUCGGACCAGGCAAAGCUGACGGAGAACUUUUCAGAGCUGUCGACGUGCUUCUCUCAGGCGUCCGACAGCCUCAAGACGGGAAACAGGCAAGCAUUUUCUAAGGAGCUGCAGAGAAAACUACAGGAGCUCGAGUUUGGACGGCUGACUCUGCUGCAGGAAACGGAACGUCAGAGGACGAACAACAGUCUCACAGAUGUCGAAGAAAAAGGUGAUGAGCUUGAAGCUGUGGAGCGUUCGAUCCUAACUCACAGAGACCUCCUCCGCCAGGUCACAUCCUACCCAAACAGGAAGCUCAAACAGCCCGACUUCCUGCCCUACGACCCGGCCGACUGCCUCUCCGACCCGACCGUCUUUCUGCUUCCUGAACCUUCCUCUUCCUCCCUCUCAAACUUCUACAAGUCAGAGCGCUGUCUGAAGCCUCUGCAGGAGCUCUGCAACUCCUACUUCCUGUCCCUAAUGAAGGACCAGCUUGCAGCCACGGAGCAGCAUCUCCGUGGUGACAGGAGCGUUCUGCGAACCUCUCGUGUUGCACAUUCACUGUCCAGAAGGCUAACAAUCACCGACUUCCUAUUCGAGGUGUGGAGGCCAGAGGAUGGAGAGGAGGAGGAAAGGGAGAGCACCGAUGUGGAGGCCCAAAUGGCCUUGGGGAGUAAGAGGAACGCUGAGGAGUUCCAAUCAGACCGGCCGACCCUGGAGACGUUCUUUUCCUGUGUGGAGGAGCUCCCCAUCAAACUGGAGGCAGGAGAAGCUGGGAGCUCUGAGCCCGGCGUUGGCACGGAGAUGACGGGAAGCAUUAGCAGCGGAGACAGCAUCGAAGUGCUCACGACGGAGAAGUCUUAUCACACACAGCAUGCCAUUGCUGGAUCGGACAGCAGAGAAACAGCAGUCAGUGGGACAGAUGCUUACUUGAGGCGUGUUGCAGUAGAUACAGGCAUCAGGCAUGUGCGAGCGUAUGCUAAACGUGCCAACAGUGAGGACAGCAUCGAAGUACUCAGCACCACCGAGUCCAUCUUUCCCGAUGACCUCACCGCCAUCACAGAGGAGGAAGUGGAGCAGCAGCCUCUGAACAACGGUUUUGAACCUGAGGAAGAACCACAGACUGAUUGUAGAUCUGACGAAGACCUCACUGAGGAGAAGAGGGUGAAUGAAGAUACUUUAGUGAGCAAGAGUGAAAAUGAAAGUUUUAUUCAGGCUCUUGCUGAAACAGAAGAGUCUUCAACACAAAUAACAGUUGGUGAUGGUGUCAUGAUCAAAGAGAAGCUGGACAUUGUUAAGGAGGAUGAAGACAAAAUACCAGAGAUGUCCAAAUUACUGCAAGGUGAAGCAACAGUGAAAUCUAAACCACAGCAGUCUGAGGUCCAUCUCAUGCGGUCAAUGCCUGACCUCCACCUGAACAUUGCGUCAUCAGUUGACCGCUGGCCUCCUUCCUGCCCUCCUCUGAGGCUGCCGAGCAUCGACGAGGCCUCAGACUGCACCAGCUUCACCGGCUCCUCGGAACCACCGUCCCCCACCCAAAACCUCCACAGCAAUGCCGACUUGCACAGGAGGAGAAGGAAGGCCGGAUUAAGAGCUCUUAGGUUCAUCAAGCAGAACUCGUUCUCCCAACAUGCCGUGUUUUGUCUCCUGAGUGGCCGGCCGCUGGUCGUUGUUGGGGGAAACCAGAGUCUGGUCAGGAAACUGGUGGAUGCUCUGAGCCUCUUCCUGCCUGCUCCUGGUCCUGAUGGAGGCGCAGUGAUGCCGUGUUUGACAGCAGCCCUGCAGCUAACCGAUCUGCUCACCUGGAGACUGAUAGGAAUACACAGAUCAUCCUCCACUUCUUCGUCCAUCGUCCUUCACUCUCUGACUCGCUACAGUCGGUAUUUAGCUCUGCUAGACAUAGAUCAGAAGACGCUGCGCUGUCCGCCAUACUCCGGCUCUCUUAUUGGCAGACUAGCCAAUCCUGACUCCAGUAUCAGUCGAGGCAUCACCUACGUGCUGCACCUGGAGAGCUGCCUGACCAUGUUGGCCAAUCAGGUGCUGCUGCACACUUUCAAACCUGCUUUUCAACGUCCAAACGCCACCAGAGGGAACGAUGGUGCGGAAGAAAAAGAGGAGCCUCUGUGCACGCCAGGUUUCUGCAGCGGCGAAAGUGACUUCAGAGUGAUGCACUUCCUGUCGGACCUCAUCAAGCAGCGCCACGCUGGAUGCACAACGCCAAUUUUAAGGUUCUCUUACAGCUCAGCAAGUCUCCACAGAAACACAUAUGCAGCAUAAAAAUUAAAAGAAAACACUGGAUGAACAAAAGAUAGAUUAUUCUGAUUGCUACAACUAAAUGUGAAUAAUCUGUUAUUUUUUUAAAUAAGUAUUAAAUGCUGAUGAUUCUGAUUACUGGA